CAUAUUUACAUAAUGUUUUGUUUCUCACCACACAACUCAGAAUAUUAAAAAGUGUGGACAAACAACUAAACCAUCUUUCCCACAAAUCAUUUCGUCUAUCGAAAAUGGCUGCGUCCUUGAGCCACCGAAGUAUGAUGUUUUUGACGGCUCUUUCCAGAGCUGGAAUUGCCGUAGCCACUAAUUCAGGAACUCGAGCACUUCAUGUCACUUCAGUGUGUUGCAAGAAUCGAGCAGCCCGCAUUCGUGUAAGGAAAGGAGACCGACCACUGACCUAUGAGGAAGCCCUCCAUCCACAUCACAUUGGCCACCGCAAAGGCUGGUUAUCCCAGCACUGCAGUAAUCUAAAAGAGGAGGAGGGUGCAGCUGAGCGUACAGUGGAGGAUGUGUUUGUGCGACGCUUUAUGUUUGGAACCUUUCACAACUGUCUGGCCAAUGAAAUAGUGAUAAAGAGGCGUGGCAAUUUGAUGUUGGUGUGUGCCCUGAUGUUGCACAAAAUGCCCCCACAGAAGUUUUACUUCUUGAUUGGGUACACAGAAGAGCUACUCUCCCACUUCUACAAAUGCCCUGUCAAGUUGGAAAUUCAGACCCUGGGCCAGAAGGCCGUUUACAAAUAUCUUUGAGGAUCCACUACUGGUCAUGAAGACUUGAAAGAAGGGACUUAUAAUCAACUGAAGCUGUACACCACAGACGUUGUGAUGCAAUUUGAAUUGUACUUGGCCGCUAGCCAGUCCAGUGUUGUUCAAAAGCCUGUAAGUCAUCCAAUAUUACAAUGGGAAAAGAUAUCCCUUUAAAAUCAUGCUGGUUAGCGAUCUGCAUUUCAACUGCCGAAAAUUGCAUCUGGUUUCAUGAGCACGUGUAGGAAUAAUAAAAAUGACUCAUUUAAAUGCUUACGAUUUAUUGAUUUCUCACAAUGGGAUUCACAUUCACAUGAAAAUAAGUAGUUCACUCAAAUACAUGUAUAACCCCGACCUUCAGUCUUGACAGUUCUUGGUCUCAAUAAUUAGUCAAGAACUAGCAAAAAUGCACCUGCCUCAGUUGAGGGUAAAACACAUGAACUUUCAUUUUUGAGUGCACUACACCAUUAAAGCCAUAAGCUGUAUCAGUGCAAAGAGACAAGGCACACAGACUGAAUCACGUCAUAUUAAAUUUUUCAAUAUGAACAUUUACCUUAAAUAUCUAUGCACAUUUGAUUAGGCAACAUUC